AUGUCCUCUUCUUUCUCCAGAAGGAAGGCCAUACAUAGCCGAGGUUGGAGAAAUCACAGUUCUGUAACUGAGUUUAUCCUCCUGGGCUUCUCCAGAAAUCCCAGAACCAACUGGAUCCUUUUCUUCCUCUUCCUCUUCCUCUUCCUUUACGUAUUUACAGUCCUGGGCAAUGGGCUCAUCGUUACCCUGAUCAGAGUAGAUGCACGCCUCCACACCCCCGUGUACUUCUUCCUCAGCAUCCUCUCUCUACUGGAUCUCAGUUAUGCCACUACUACAGUGCCCCAGAUGUUGGUCCAUCUGGUAAGCAAGAAUAAAACCAUCUCUUAUGUUGGGUGCGUGGUCCAGAUGUAUGUUUUCCUGACCUUGGGUAUCACUGAGACCUGGAUUUUUGCAGCCAUGGCCUAUGACAGGUAUGUUGCCAUAUGCUACCCACUCCACUAUAGGUUCAAGAUGAGCCAGACCCUGUGUGUACUCCUGGCAGUCAGCUCUGCCCUUUGUGGUCUCUCCUGUGCCCUUGUCUACACGGUCUUUGCAAUGAACCUACCCUACUGUGGCCCCAAUGAGAUCAAUCACUUUUUUUGUGAAAUUCCUGCUGUCCUGAAGUUGGCCUGUGCAGAUACAUCCCUCAGUGACCAAGUGGACUUUAUAUUGGGUUUCAUCUUGCUCCUAAUCCCAUUGUCCCUCAUUCUGGCCUCAUAUGUUCGCAUCUUCAUGGCUAUUCCAAAGAUUCGCUCCACCCAGGGGAAAAUCAAGGCCUUCUCAACAUGUGCCUUGCAUAUCACUGUGGUCACCAUGUUUUGUAUUCCAUGCAUGGUCAUGUAUAUGAGGCCUGGCUCUGAAGCCUCCCCAGAGGAUGACAAGAAGCUGGCCUUGUUCUACAAUGUCAUUUCUGCCUUUCUCAACCCCAUCAUCUACAGCCUCCAGAACAAGGAUGUGAAGAGGGCUUUCCUAAAGCUAGUUGAAAAUGAGUGAGGACAC